GUGGGGAAGAGGCAUCAAUUUGUACAGUCUGCAGUUGGCACCCCUGUUUUUUUUUUUCCCUGGUUUUUUUUUUCUCCUGCAAGGAGUAGCAGGAGAUUUGUUGAGCGUUAUUGUUAUGAUCGGACCCCGCUGCAACAUGAGCCAGCGCCAGGCUCUGCUGACAGACGCCUGGGCCCUGAGGUGCGCGUAUCGGCGCGCAACAUAAAGCAGAAAAAAACGGCAAAGUGGGAGACAUCGCUCGGCAUUAUAGGUUUCUGUAGUUCCUGCAGCUGGUAAACAACUGGGACCAGUUUUGUUUCUGCAAUGGCUUCUGUUGUAAAAUGGACAUAAUAGAGGAAGAAUAAUGAAAACAAGGACACACAAAGAAUCGAUGCCCAUGCGCAGUGGGCGAAGGAGGGGGGCAAGUGAAGAGAGAAGGGGUAGGCGCCCUCACACCAGCCCCACUCGUCCUGAGCGCACCGAACGGCAGACGCAAAGAGGUGGUGGUGAGGAACUGGCUGGAAAUCGCUUCAGUCGCAGAUCACAAGGGCAUGAUUCAUCAGAGAGUGAGGGGGAGGAACUUGUAUCACCUCCAAAGAGACAGAAAGUUCAGGAUUCAGCGCCUAACCCAAAUCCUCCAACAUCAACACACUUGACUGAAAGCUCAACUCCUUCAAAUGUUCCACCUCCAACUUCAGCUGCGAGCCAAUCUCGAGAGAGUGAUAAUGAAGAUCGCCAAUCACAAGGCAGCAGAAGUUCAGCUGUAGGGAGCCUUGCCAAUAGCAGUAGCAGCCUGAGCAGUGGGCGGGACAUAGACCAGGACAAUCGAUCCUCAUCUCCCAGUCUCUCUGCUUCCCCACUGGGUAGCCUGGACUCUGAUUCUGAUGGGCCCGAUUCACCAAAGCAAGGAGAACGGGAGAAAGGUAAAGAGGCUGGGGCUGGGAAGGUGACUGGAGAGGAUAGGAGAACAUUACAAGAAGGGAGAGGCGAAGAGCCCUGUGGCGAUGUCGAAAAACAAGACAUAGAGACAAUUGAAGAUUCACCAUCUUUGAAGCCCCCUUCCACUCCUUGCUCUUCCUCCAGCUUGACACCUUCUCUUCGUGGAGGGGAUUCAUCAAAUGACAGCAACAGUGGACGGAAAUCUUAUUUUUCACUGGACUCCAAAUUGAUGUGUAAAGAAUAUGGCACAGCAGGUGUUGAAGGCAGUAGAAUGACUUCCAAAGCCAGCCCACAGUGUGUGAACAAGACAACUAUCUCUGGAGGAGAUUUUUCACAUAACAGCCCCAACAUUCCUCACUCGUUACCCCCUCCACUUCCUCCUCCACCUGCCCUGAAGCCAUUGGAGCUUGGGGGACAAAACUUGCAGACUGAAGUUAAGACAGAAAGAGACAAAACUGAAAAAACAGAGAAACUCAUGGACAAGGCUCAGUCCACCCCACCCUCUCUGCUGCCACAAUGCAGCCCGCAGCCCUUUUCCCAGUCUCAGCCUCAGAACCAGCCCUCCAGCCAUCCUCACCACUACAGCUCAACCAGUUGGCAGGGCGGGGCAGCAACUGGUUGUCAGGGGAGCUGGAGCUACUCCCGUUAUCCUGGGAGCCACCACCCACAACACCAGCCUCCUGUGCAACAGCAGCAACUUCCUUCUGUCUACAACCCACCAUCUUCUCGCCACUCCUCCUCCCACCCCUCUUAUCUCCCCCAUUCUCACCCCCACCCCCACAGAGAGUACCUUCCCAGGUACACUGGAGGGGGAGGAGACAGAGAGAGGGGGCCCACAGGAGAGAGGGGAGUUAGGGGGGAGUGUGGUGGGAGAGAAAUCAACAGAGAGUUUUCUGCACCUGUUGGCAGCAGCAAUAACAAUAAUGGAGGGGGAAGUAAUAAUAAUAAUGGCUGUGCUGGUUUGAGUGGGCCAAACACCAUUCCAGCAAGGGAGUUUGGGGGAAUGUCUGUAGGGCAAAAUAGGGAGUACCAAGGUUCUGCAAGAGAUGGACCUAACAUUGGUCCAGAUCGAAGAGACUUUGGUCCAGCGUUCAGGGACAGGGAGCGCGAAAGGGAAAGGGAAGGAGGAAGAGAGUUUAAUCUGCCAAAUCAAAACCAGAAUAGAGACUUUGGCCCCACUGGAGCAGCAGGAGGGCAUCCAAGAGACAAAGAUGGCAACAGAUGGGGGGAGUUUGGGAGCCAGACAAGGGAGGUUUUGGGUAACAGCAAUCCUAACAGCAACUCCAUACCACAGGGAAACCCCCAAAGCUCAGCCACUGGUCUAUCAGUCACCCCUACUUUGAAUCGUGAUCCACCCGCCUCACCCCAAAACAACCCCAAUCACCCCUCUCAUUCCUCUCUUCCUUCACACCCCCAUUCGCAUCCCCCAAAUCCAUCAAACAGAGACUUCCCUCCUCCCAUGGAACAGACACAAAUGCCUUCAACUGGAACAGAUCACUUCCACAGAGACUAUCCUCCAGCUGGAGGAAAAGACUUUACUACUGCGGCACCUCCUUCUACUGGCACAAAUCGAGAGUACUUAAGCUCCCCGGGAGUGACUCCAAACCUGGGACGAGAGUACCCAGGGACUGGAGGAACACAACACCCUCACCCAUCUCACCCCCUCUACCAGCCUGGGCCCAAAGAGAGAGAGAGAGAUUCAAAUAUGCGAGAAUCUGCUCUGUACCAAAGCCGUGGAGGCCCUAAUCAGCCGCCUGCACUCUCUCCUUCCUCCUCCUCCAGUCAUCAUGGACAGUACCCACAUCCUCCUCCUCAGCCACCUGUACACCCCCCUCAAUCCUCUCAUUCCCAGCCACCCCAAUCAAGUAUGGGACCUAAUGUACGUCCCUCACACUAUCAGUCCUCUGCCCAAACUCCUCCAACUCCUCUGUCUCCAUUACCUAGCCCAUCUACCAAUCAGAUGGGAGCCUUCACAUCCUUUCCUUCUGGUUCUUCCUCUGCACCCACUUCACAAAUUCCUGUACCCGGUGUGCCAUCCAGCUGUUCACCUGGAUGCCGCCCUUCAUCCUUCCAUGGCGCUUUGAACAAUCACCCUCAGUUUAGUGGCACAUAUCACUCCAAUGGAAGCAAUGGCAGCACCAUGGCAAACAACAGUAGCAACAGUAGCACAGUCAGUAGUAGCAGCAACACUAACUCACAGGCCCUUUCACCUCAGAAUGUCUCAAAGGCACCGCCAACUCUUAGUAAUUCCACCACCAACAACAGCAAUGUCCCAACACCUACCUUGAGCUCGACACAUCAUGGUGGAGAAGGAAAUUUAGAUACAGGCCUACCUCCAACACCUGUUAUCAAAGAAGAGCCACCAGAGGACAGGGAAGAAAACGAAAGCCCUCCACCAGUAUUAAGAAGUCCCUCACCUGAACCAAAACAUGUGGAUAUUCCUAUCCAUGCCAGCCAAUCAGCACGGUUUCAUAAAGUCCUUGACCGAGGAAGCGGGAACUCCUGUGCCCGCAGUGAUGUCCUCUUUGUCCCGUUAGAUGGCUCCAAAUUGUGGAAAAAGAGGAAUGAAAUGAUUGAAAGAGCUCGCAGGGAAGUAGAGCAAAGGGCCAGAGAUCUGAGAGAGAAAGAAAGAGAGAGAGAAAGAGAACGUGAGAGAGAACUGGAUCGUCAUUUACAGCACCAGAAAGACGUCAGCGCUGCUGGAGGGGGACGCCAGGGUUCCUCGCUCUUCUUCCCCCCAUCAUCCUCUAUUAUUCUCGACCCUUCCUCUUCUUCCGCUUCUUCCUCGGGCAACGUAGUAGCCCAUCCUCCUUCUCACCCCCAGCACCACCCCUCACAUCCACAUGCACAUCUUCCACCUGCACAUCAUCUCCACCCCUCUCUGUCGCAUGCCAUUCCCCACUCCCUCCUCUUACCCACCAUGGGUGGAGCAUCAGCAGUGGUUGGUGGCCCACAGGGGGCCCUAGGGAUAGGUUUAGGAGGUCCGUAUUUAGGACCUGACACACCAGCGCUUAGAACCCUGAGUGAAUACGCACGCCCACAUGCCAUGUCUCCACUUGGAGCAGCAAGUCGUGCUCAGGGACACCACCCUCAAGUUCACCAUGGUCACCCCCAUGUCCACCCCUCAUUCUUCCUCCCUCAAAUACAAAAUCAUGCCUUGAGCCACCCGCACCACCUACCUGCUGAUGCAGCAACAGCAGCUGCUAUCUUGGGCUUUUUGUAUGGUGGCAGCCUUGAAGGUGGCCCAGGUGUCCCCGGACACCCUGGAGUGGCAGGAGGCCCUGUUCCAGGAGGAAUUGGGGGUGCGGGUUUAGGAGGCGUGGGUUUCCCUCAUGCAAUGGCCGCCCAUCGAGAUCGGCUAAAGCCUGGAUUUGAAUUUAAGAGUGAUGAGCGUGUUUAUCCAGCAGGAUCCAUACCCGAUCCUGCAGCUCUUGCUCUGGCUCAUUCACAUUCACAUGCGCACACGAAUGCCCAUGCACAUGCUCACUCCCUGCUGCUUGCAGGAGGUGCGGCGGCAAAUGAGGUAUCACUCUAUGGCACUCCACCUCCUCCAGCUCCACCUGGACCUCCACACCUUCAGAACCCAUCCCUGGCACAAGUAACCCGACCUCCUCCACCUCCUGCCCCACAGUCACUAUCCAAUCCCCCUCCUUCUUCUCUUCUUCCACCUUCUCUCCCCUCUCACCCUUCAUCUACCCCGCUGGCCGCUCCUUCAGCCCCGGCACCCCCCUCUGCACCUCCACCGGCUCCUCCUCAACCUAAUCCACCAACCUCUAGCUCGUCCUCACUACACCACCCAGUGCCCCACUCUUCUUUUCCUAACUCCCUGUCCUCUCAUGUGCCACCACCUCCUGCCCCAGCUGCUCCACCCGAGACUUAUCCAACUCCCACACGCUCCCCUGCCUCAUACGAGCGUGACAGGAGUGGAGAGAGGGAACGGGAGAGGGAGCGGGACAGAGCUGCUUUGCCGGCCUUUGGGGACAGAGAGCGAGAAAGAGAGAGGGAGCGAGAGAGGGGAGGAAGUGGGGGAGGCGGAGGAGCAGGAGGGGGUAAUGGAAACGGAGCAGGGGGAGGAAGAGAAGGAGAGAAUCUGGGACGUCUUCAGAUGUUGAACGUGACGCCUCAUCAUCACCAGCAUUCACACAUCCACUCACAUCUACACCUGCACCAGCAAGACACAGGUUGGAAUGAUCACUAGCAAUACAUCUUCAGUGAUUUUUUAUAGCCAAGAAUCAGGUACACCGGAAAACAAGAAAGACAAACACAGGCUUAUUUAUAGCAUGUUGCACCUCAACCAUGUGCUUUUUGUGGUAAUCAACAAGAUCCUUGCAUUAUGGUGGCAGGAAAUGGUAACUGGCACUGAGGAUUUUAUAUUUUUAUUUCUAGCAUGUAUCACUAGUGUUUAAUAUGAUAGAGAUUGUAAAAAAAAGUUAGAUCACCUAACUGUGAGUUUAAAGUAAAAACCUGAUUUGAGGAGAAGUUAAAGUAUGUGGAGUUCAUCCCUCUACAUAUGUUUAUGCACCGUUGCUGCUGGCAAUAAAAUUAUUUUUCAGCAUGAUGCUGCCACCACCAUGCUUGACAGAGGGCAUAAUCCUUUAAUGAAACCCUCACCUUGAGUCUUGCAAACAAACUUUAUCCUUCCUUGUCUUAAUUAAUCAUAAAACUUUUCAGCUGAAAAUUUCGGUCAAACUUAAAACUUUCACUUUAAUAUUUCUUGGUCAAUGUUCUAUUCAAACCCCUUAUAGUUUGGGUCAGAUUGGAGAAGUUUGGAAUGUUGGGGAUAACAGUGGAGCUGAUUUUAGAAUAUUCACAUUUGCCAUUAAUUUAGUUGCUAACUGGUAUUUGAAUUAUAGGUAAUAAAAAUAUUAUUUCUCCUCUUUUUAUGGAUUGAAACUUAAUUUAUUUGCAACUGGAAAAUCUGAUGUGCAAGUGCAAAGGAAAUGCUUUGUUUGACUAGACAUAUUCCCGAACAAACAUCAAAGCUUCUGAAACAGCCUCCCUGAAGACCUGACCUCAAACCUAAUUAAAAGUAUGAGUCAAAAAGUGGUUUUGUUUAAAUAUACCAGAAACUUUUUGAUGGCUACAAAAAGGAGGUUGUUGAGGUGCAAGUUUCUCAAGAACAUUUAAGCAGACAGUGUGGAUCAGUGUAUAUAUUUAAGUGUAUAACUGCAUCCUGUGUUCACUGGGGAAAAUCCACAUUAAAUUCAAACUAAUCUCUUGUUUUUUUAAUCAUUAAAGAUGAUUGUUGUAUUAUCAUUUCACCCUGAAGAAAGAAUGGUUCAAACAUGUCUUUGAAUACCGAGCUAAUUACCUUUGGCACCAUGAUAAUUGGAUUUAAUCUACUGGAUCUACACUUCAGUUAGGCUACAGUACCUUUAAGCAGAAUAAAGUGUUCAAUCAUUCUGCUUAUUAACCAAUAAAUGAUUUGUGAAAUAAAAUCUGAAAAGAAAUAGACUGAAAAAUUACGAUGAUUAGAAAAAGCCUAGAUCCUUAUCUUCUUUUAUUCACAUUUCUUGCAACCUUUUAACUAAACCAGCAUUUCUUUGGGGGUUCAUUUGACUGUGUUAAAGUUUAUCUUUAAUCAUUUGGUGAAAUUGACCUCACUAUUUCCAAACUAAAGAUGUUUAAAUCCUCAAGUCACUCAGUCCUGAACUGUCAAUAAUAUAAAGGCUUAAUAACGGAAAAUAUGACGGAAUUUAUCUAGUAUAUGAAUUUUUUUUGUUACCAACAGCCUGCCACAAAACUCGUUUUUACUGGUUUAAGUAACUGUAUUAAAACUAUUACUAAUGACUUUAAAUAGUAUUUUACCCACAAAAAUGUGAUUUACAUAGUUAUUAAGUAAAAUCUUAGUAUACAGUAGAGGAUCAGCCAAAGAUAUCAGAUUUAUCAGAUGAUGUGGGGUGAUAAAAAACAUUUAAUCAGCAGUGUUUAUCUUAAUUGAGCAAGAUUAUUUAACACCUUUGUUUUUUUUUAGUUUGUAUUCUAAAAAUAUCAAACCGUUUUUCCUUCGCUAGUUUGUUGAUGUUGCUUUUAUGGUGAGUUUUUUGAGGGGGUUCAUGGUGGGAUUGGUUUGAGGAUUGGCUAUAUUAUUAUUACUAAUGUAACAUGCUAUGUUAUAUGGUUGAAUGUUUAUUUUACUAAUUAUAUUCAUAAUAUUUUAUUACCUUAAUCCUUGUGUAUUUAUGUUUCCUGAAUGCACAUUGAAGAUCCUGCUUUGACUCACUUUAAGUAUGUCCUGUAUUUC